ACAUAUAUUUUCUAUUACCUAUGGAAAUAGAUUGACAUUAUAAGAAAUACAACCAUACCUGUUAUGAAGCAUUUUCUUGGGACUGAUGAGGGUUUGGAAUUAAAAAUUGUUAGUCGUGGAAUGCCUCCCGAUGGAAGAGGAGAAGUUCAUUUUCAGUGCCCAGUGAGACAGAAGUUGAGACCAGUUCAGUUACUAGAUGCUGGGAAGAUUAAACGAAUUCGGGGAGUAGCCUACACCGUAAGAGUUUCUCCAAAUAUUGCCAAUAGAUUAGUGGAAGCAGCAAAAGGUAUACUACUUCAGUAUAUACCAGAUGUGUACAUUUACACAGAUCAGCAUAAGGGAAAGCAAGCUGGCAAAUCUCCAGGUUUUGGUUUAAGCCUCGUAGCUGAAACAAUGAAUGGUUCCUUUCUGGCAGCAGAGUCAGCAUCAAAUCCACCUGGUUCAGGUAAAGGCCCUAGUAUAGCAGAGGAUGUUGGGAAAGAAGCGGCUAUGCUCCUUUUGGAGGAAGUGUACAGGGGAGGUUACGUAGAUUCAAACAACCAAGGUUUGGCUUGCCUGUUUAUGGCUCUUGGACAGACAGAUGUGUCAAAAAUUCUCACAGGCCCCCUCUCACCAUACACCAUGAGUUUUCUACGACACAUGAAAGACUUCCUCCAGAUAAUGUUCAAGCUAGAGGUACAGAAGAAGAAUGAUGAAGAGGAAAAUUUACAACUUGGCACAGACAAAGUUAUUUUAACUUGUGUUGGUAUUGGCUUCACUAACUUAAGUAAGAAAGUUAGUUGAAGCUUCUAAACAUUAUUUUGUAAGAUAAAAAAAAACAAACAGCAAAUUAAAGAUUUUUAAAGAUUAAA